GCCAGGAUGCAACAUCGGCGGCUGUGAGUGGUCCAACCUGUGUUUCCCGCAGCCACCGACGGGCAGCACCAACCUCCACUCGGCCAUCCUGCGCCCUGAGCCUCUGUCCUACUUCUACCUCCAUCGUGGCCCCUGCUCUCAUGCUUCUCUUCUUCUUCUCUGCAUCACAUUACCCUCUUCAAGGACAGUCCGUGGCAUUUCUUGCGUCGUCGUGGUUCAAGUUGUUGCUGGAUUUGUUGUUUGGCUUCUGCUAAGCGUGCAUUGAAGAGUCUUGUAACAACCAACAACCUCCCUCUCUUCAUACCACAACCCCCUUCCAAAACCCCAAUUCCAGUCUUGACUCUCGACUGCCGAAAGGUACAAGAGAGUUGAGACGCCCCCGAAGACAGGCAAUCUGGACUUUGACGCCCGAGUCCCCAUCCCAAUCAGUGUCUUCCCGUCUACGUACAGGAGCGACGCUUCUUCUCAAGAGACUACCGUCACAAAGGUAGAAGGGGAAGUCCAAUUACCACCCACCUCCUCGCGCGUCGGACGGGAAGAUACUCGAUUCUCCAAGGAAGAAGUCGAUAUCACCUACCAGGACAGCCGUCCACGCCGCGACCAGUCCACCGCCGCCAGAGAAGACGUCCGUAUCUUUGAAGAGCGUGACCGAGUUGUUCGCGACUCAAGGUAUCCAGAGGUUGAAUUGACCCGUGAAAAGUACCGUGCACCAGCCGAAUACCGCUCCGCUGCCGCCGCCGACGUUGACGUUGAGAUCGACCGCCGUCAGACCUACGACCGAUCCUACGAGAGUCAACUUGACAUCACUGAGCGCGACUACCGCCGCCGCACUUCUCCAACCUUUGACGUCGAAUACGAACGUCGUCGUCCCCAGCAGCAACAAGCAGAGGUAACCGCCACCUUUCAACAAGAACAAAUCACCGUCGAACAACCAAGAAAAUCCACAAACAUGGGCUACUACGACGACGAGGGCAACUACCACAGCUUCCGCCGCGGAGUGGAGCGUGCAGUUGACCGCAUCGCACAUCCAUUCUCCCACCACGACCGUGAAAGAGACGAAGUGGUGAUCACGGAGCGUGAGACCAGCGGCCCCAGCAGAGUCUCAGGGGGCCGCGUCGAGCAGGUCCGCUACGUCGAGCCUCGCUUCGGCCAAAAGGGUGUCCCCAUCCAAUGUCACUUCAUCCGCAUGGGCGACAUCCUGUUGCUCCAGGGUCGUCCGUGCCAGGUGAUUCGGAUCAGCAUGUCUUCCCAGACCGGCCAAUACCGAUACUUGGGUGUCGAUCUGUUUACCCGUCAACUGCACGAGGAGAGCUCCUUCGUCAGCAACCCCCAGCCCAGUGUCGUCGUGCAGACCAUGUUGGGCCCUGUCUUCAAGCAGUACCGUGUCUUGGAUAUCCGUGACGACGGUACUAUUGUCUGCAUGACCGAGACCGGCGAUGUCAAGCAUGGCCUGCCUGUCGUCGACCAGGGUGGUCUUUUCAAGCGAAUCGAACGUGCCUUUGCCGACGGCUGUGGAAGCGUCCGUGUCUUGGUUAUUAAUGACGGUGGCAGAGAGUUGAUUGUCGAUAUGAAGAUCAUCCAUGGUUCCAGAUUGUAGAUUUGAAGGAGAGGAGACAAACAUGUGUCUGCGAGUAAUGGGGUGAAAGGGAAGGGGCCGAAGUUGUGGUUGGCUUAAAUUGGACUGAAUGGGGUGAUUGGGAUUUACAGUUAGGAUUUGAGCCGAAUAUACGCUGGCACACAUACAUGUUGUUAGAGUACAAUCGAUUCAAUGAGGAUAACUUCAGACACAUCAAGCAUUGCAAUAUCCAGGGUUGUCAUGUUGUAUUUCUUGUCCUCUAUUUACUGAGAGUAAACAACGACCGGGUGUGAAGACAUAGCUAAGCGAAGGGUAGAUACAUAACUCCGUAAGUCAUGAU